UCAUUACCCAAAGACAGUUCACUAUUUAGUCUGUGGUGUACCAAUAUAGGCCAAAAUGGAUCGAGUGGUAGUGCUGGUCGACAUGGACUGUUUCUAUGUCCAAGUUGAACAGAGAUUGAAUCCGGAGCUGAAAGGACAGCCAUGUGCAGUGGUGCAGUACAAUACUUGGAAAGGAGGAGGAAUCAUAGCCGUUGGAUAUGAAGCAAGAGCGUGUGGCGUGACGCGUCAGAUGAGAGGGGAUGAAGCCAAAGAAAAGUGUCCAAGUAUUGUGCUGUGCCGAGUACCGGAGGUUAGGGGCAAGGCUGAUCUGACGAGGUACCGCCAGGCGGGUGCAGAAGUUAUCGAAGUACUCUGCAAGUUCAGUAAAUGUGUGGAGAGAGCAAGCAUAGACGAAGCCUACAUUGAUGUGACGACGGAAGUGGAGGCCCGGAUGAAAGAACUCGCCCAGAUAGAAGAUCAUCAAUUGCCAAAUACUUUCGUCGUCGGUUGGGAAGGAGAUGAAAAAGACAAAGCUAAAGGGACUCCUGAGGAGCAACGUGCAAUGGGUAUGAGGAAUUGGUUGAGGUACCUGUAUGAGAACCGUGAGGUCACGUACCACGAGCAGAGACUGACUGUAGCUGCGGUGAUGGUGGAGGAGAUUCGACAAGCUGUCUACACAGAGACGGGCUUCAGAUGUUCAGCUGGCGUAGCUCAUAACAAGAUGCUGUCGAAGUUAGUCUGUGGAUUUCACAAGCCUAAUCGCCAGACUGUCCUGCCUCAGUCAUCUGUGCAGAAACUUUUCCAGACAUUACCGGUUAGGAAAAUACGUCAUUUGGGAGGUAAACUUGGUGUCAGUCUGGUUGAGCAGCUCGACAUUGAGUUCAUGGAUGAUAUUCGUAGGUUUUCUGAUCAGCAGUUGAAACAACUAUUUGGAGAAAAAACUGGGUCAUGGUUGUACGAGGUUUGCCGUGGCAUUGAGAAUGAGCCAGUGUCCGCUCGUCAGCUGCCCAAGUCGAUUGGUUGCAGUAAGAACUUCCGAGGCAAGACCGCCUUGGACACCAAGGACAAGGUGAAGCACUGGCUCGGGGAACUCUGUGGAGAGCUCGAGGAGAGGUUGACAAAAGAUAAAGAAGAUAAUUGUCGCAUAGCAAAACAUGUGACAAUCAGCAUACGAUACAUGGCUGACCCGCAACCGAUCACAGCCUCCAGGUCAUGUGCCCUUUCUACGUACAGCGGGAAGAAGAUAGCAGACGACGCCUACCUUCUGCUGCAGAAGUUUAAUACUGCUCCUGUUCACCAGAUGGCGUGGACACCUGUCAUCAUAUGUCUUGGACUGUCAGCUGGGAAGUUUCAAGAUUCACUGGAUUCGACCAAUGCAAAUAUCACUAGUUUCAUGUCGCAAAACCCAAACACGAGCGCGUUCUUUGGCUCUAAAAUGACACCUUCGCCCGGUGUGGACAAAAAGGAGAAGAGGGGUAGUCUGGUGAGUCUUUUUAGCCAAGCGAGAAAGUCUUCUGUUACGUCCAACGUAGGACUUGAUUGUGACUCAGAGGAGGACAGCAGUGAGAUUGUUCCUGGUUGUUCUAGGCAUGAAAAGACGUCUUUGGAUGAGAGUUCUAAUAUGAGUGAUGGAUUAAAAACAACUAGUGUGACGGACAAAUCGAAUUCGACGCCAAAAAAAGGAAAGUCAAAGUCAUUCUUUGCCAGUUUUAUGGCAAGGAAAGUUGGUAGUUCUGGAUCAAAUUGUGAACAUUCGUCACUGGAUUCUCUGGGCGUUGACAACGAGUCUGAUCCUGUUACUGUGAUAAAUGGUGCUAUUCAUUCUGAAACUGCCCUAAAAGAGGGCGCCAGUGCCGAGGAUUGCUCUGAAACUGAUAACGAUUCUUGCCUUCCGGCAAAAGCAUGCGCUGCUUUGAAGGGAGAUGCCAGUCUGAACAGUUUAGAAAACGUUGAGCUGGCUUCUAAGCAGCAAGGGGUCAGUUCAAAGAAAAAGGCAAAAUCGUUCUUUGAUUCGUACAUGUCAAGAAAAGAUAAUCGGGAAUUGUCAGAUUUAGAACAGGAUGUUGUUUGCGAGAAAGGGUGUUCUGUCUUGAGUAGUGAUGUGAUAAAUACAUCUAGUUUAAGGACUAAUGUCACAUGUUCUGAGAGAGGGUCAAGAGGGGCAAAAAUAUCCAAGCAUGUUGUAAAAGAUGUAGCACCUGUGGCAAGCAUUAGCGCUCACAUAGAAUCCACAGGCUCCAUAACUGAUGCAAUUGAUGAAGUAGACUCUGUUAGAACUAAAAGUGCAACGUCGGUAGUGACUUUAGGUACUGAUGAAAGUUCCAAUGAUUCCGUUUAUAGCGCAUAUUCUGUCGAUGAAAUAGACAUGGGUGUGUUUGAUAGUUUGCCAUGGGACAUACAAGCCGAGAUUCGUGAGUUUAAUAAGAGGAAAAUACUGGAGGAGAAGAAAAAGGCAAAAGGUUUGAAGAAGUUCUUUCAGGAUGGUUCAAAAUCGAAAUCUGUUGUGAAGAUUUGUAAAAGUGUCAGUAACAAUGUUGAGAAGUCGAGUGCUGUAGGUCGUAAAUCUGACACCUCUGACGGUGAUUUGCAUUCAAUAGAUAAAGGUUCUGAUAGUAUUGUUGUAGGUUCUCAGGAAACAAUUUCUAAUUCACAGGUGACCGAGUUAUCUGCUAGUGGUGUACACAGAAAGUACGAAACUCCUCGUUCUAAAUCUAAAUCUGGCAAAAAUAAGAUCCAGUCUGUUCCGUUGGUUGUUAUAGAUGAUGAAUCAUCAAAUGCGGUGUUAGGUGACGAGGCAUCUAAAAAUGUUACUAUAGCAACUGAUGAGGCAGCUAACAGUGUUACUAUAGCAACUGACGAGGCAGCUAACACUGUUGCUAUAGUAACCGAUGAAUCAAAAUGUCCAAAAUGUGGCCAGAUGAUCCCAGCUUGGGAUUUGCCUGAGCAUGAAGACUACCACUUUGCUUUAGAUCUACAGAACCAGACACAGGGCCCACCGCAGCAAAGACUCAUGAAUUCUAGUGGUCCUAUCAAACGGAAAGGUAGUACGGCUGCUCAGAGCCAUAGCAAGAAAGCUAAGAAAGGGAAAGGUAUUGGGGCGUUGGAUAAGUUCUUUAAACAUUAAGAAUGACAGGGAAAGAUUGUACAUCUACAAUACGAUAUUUGGUCUUUGGACUAAAAAUUUGGGACGUUCCAUUUUAAGCUCCAACCCUUGAACCCUGGGUUCUGGUGAUGAAUGACAGGGAAAGAGUGUACCGGUACAUCUCCAAUGGUACAACCCAAUUUGUAGAGCCAUUCAUUGUAGAUUGUGUCAUCUUGACAAAUUGGAUGAAGAAGGAAAACCAUGCUCUCGGAGAUGAUCUGAUAAUUUCAAGUAUAACCUUUCUAUGAAGGACACCUUCUUGACUGACAGGUGCUAUCCUUAAUAGAGAGGUGUCCUGAUUAGAGAAGUUGAAUUGAACGGAAACAACCAAUUUGGGACCAGAACUAUUGUCCUUGAUAGAGAGGGUGUCUGCUUAGGGAGGUUCCAUUGUCUGAGGAACUUAUCAUUUUGUCAAUUAAUGCCACUAUUUCUUAUAUUUCAAAAUUUUUUCAAUGUUUUAUCAAUAACGCUGCCUGUUCUUUGAUGUACACUGCAAGUUUGAGAGCUUUUUCUCUCGCAUACGGUAUUUUAUGCGCUUGUACGAU